AUGAUGACACAUACUGAAGGGAAAUCACUGGAUUUAAUUAUUGACAACAAUCACCAGAGCGAUGGUUACUGCUCUGGUGAAGUAGUGUCUGGUCAUAUUUCGCUCAAAAUUUCUGAAGCCACCACAGUCAAAGCCAUAAAAGUAUUACUGAAGGGAUAUGCUCAGGUGAGUUGGAUGCACAAACGGUGUUCCGAAGAGAGGAAACAUCUCUCCUUAUCCAAGACACUUUUAGCAUCAACAGGUCAAGACCUCAUCCUUCAUAGUGGCAUGUAUGUGAUCCCUUUUGAACUACAACUACCUCAGAGUCCCUUGGUUUCCUCGUUCUCUGGAAAACAUGGCCACGUUUACUACAUGGUGCAGGUAGUUUUAAAAACACCAUUUCAUGAGAAUCAACGUGUUUGCAGAGAACUUUGCAUCAUCAAUCCUAUUGAUGUCAAUAUGCCAAUGUUAAUGUCUCCAGUGUCACAAACCUGUAAGAAGAUGAUCGGUUGCUGGAUCUUUACGUCAGGUCCCAUCUCACUGUCUGUCAGCAUAGACCGACAGGGCUAUUGCAAUGGAGAAUCAAUCCCAAUCUCUGCUCUGAUUGAAAACCUCUCCUCUCGUCUAGUUGUGCCAAAAGCAGUGAUAUACCAGAUACAGACCUAUAUGGCAAAGGGUAAAAAAAAGAUCAUCAAACAGGUGGUUGCCAGUGCUAGUGGAAAUGUAGUGCCGUCUGACUGUUCCAGCAGGUGGAAUGGAAACACAUUGAAGAUUCCUCCAGUUUCUCCAUCCAUUCUGAAUUCAGACAUCCUGAAAGUGGAAUACUUGCUUGCAGUUAUUGUUCAGAUACCAGGUGCCAAAAAUCUAGAAGUACUGCUUCCACUGGUGAUCAGUACCGAUGGUCAUUGCAGUCAGAGUUUUAACACGAGCAGGGACUCCAUUAUGGACAUGAGCUUGCUGUACCCCAGGUUUACCCUACCAGAUGUAGCUGAAGCCCCACCCAGCUAUGCAGAGGUUGUGUCAGAGGAACAGUUUGAAGAGCACAGAACUCCAACCUACCAGCCACAACCGGACUGGCUGUUGGAUGGCCCAGCAAUCGCUAACAUUCAGCAGUCCCGCCUCCAGCCUCCUCCCUCUUAUUCAGAGAUUUACCCAACUGAACACUGAGCUUUUUGUCAAGUUUCUUUUGUAGAGAAGACCAAAGAACGACCUUGUCCCUACACACAGCAUUUUCCCAUUUUCUUUGGAUUAUGGAUUGAUUAUUGCUGCUCUUAUUGGUGAAAUGCUUGUUCUGAUGAGCGCAUCAUGAUCAAGGCUCGUCCACUUUGCAGCUUAUUCUGACUUUCUGAAGGGUUUUUUUCUAGACUCUUCUGUUUCUUGUUGUGACAUUUACAAUUUCAGAUAAACUGCAAAUAAAAUGCAUAAAAACUAAAUGUUCACUUUAUAAAUCAAUCAGACGGACUCUUCCCGUCCUAUUGGCCAGAAUUAACCUGAAGUGCCAUCAGUCUAAAAUCUGGCUAUGUGAAAUAUCGUUAUUUGGUUUAAGAAAAUGUUAAUUAGAAUUUGUAUUAUGUCGCAAUAUUGUGAUGUGUAAAUAGUUGAAUCUGAUUAUGAUGUGCUGCUUUAGGUCCAGGUUAUCACAAGCAUAGUUGCACUUGUAAUAUAUAUCACGUUUAGCUAAAUUAUCACAAAAAUGGAUAAUUAAUUGGAAAACAACCAGCUGAAUGGGGUUAUCUGGAUUUGUAAUGUUUUUCACAGCAUUAUAACUUAA